AUCAACCUUCUUACCAUAUUCAUAGUAACCUCCAUCACCGCCGCAGCCGUAAUCACUAUAAACCUGCUAAUAACUGAAAUACUACCUGACUCAGAAAAACUAUCCCCCUACGAGUGCGGAUUUGACCCCCUCGGCUCUGCUCGCCUACCCCUAUCAAUUCGAUUUUUCAUGAUCGCCAUCUUAUUCCUACUUUUCGAUCUUGAAAUCGCUAUCCUGCUCCCACUCACAUGAGCCACCCACGCCCUAAACCCCCUAAAAACCGCCACAUGGGCCAUCAUUAUCUUCCUAUUCUUAUUCAUCGGAUUAACAUACGAAUGACUCCAGGGCGGCCUAGAAUGAGCAGAAUAG